AUGUGUUGUGUGAAAUUUUUUUUGCAGAACUGGACAUUUUCAAUUAUCGACGAAACGUUGAUUUGGGAUGCCUAUAAUGGAAUUCGACCCGAAACAAUUCCAGCUUGCGGAUAUAACAGUAUUUGUGCCAAAAGUUUUUUCGUCGAAUAUUUCUACAUUGUAAUAACUGUUGCGGUAAUUAUCCUAUUCUGUGUGACGGCUGCAAUUAUCGCCGCAUUUUUGGUGAUCAAAGCGAAUCGAGAUGAGCAAGCGAGAUUGGAUGAUCAAUGGUUAAUCCCGCAUCAAAAUCUGACAUCAAUUGUGAAGCAGGCGAAAUCAAGAGUUGAUCAGCAAUCUUCGAGAUCUCUUCAGAGUUCUUCAACUGUUCUAACUGGAGUUUCUUCCAAUAAUUUUUUCCCUGAAACUGAAAAUAUCACCUAUUUUUCAUAUUUCGGGGAACCCGUGUUGGCUCGAAAAUAUGAAGUAAGAGUUCAGAUUUUGGAGGAGGACAAGGCGGAGUUGAGAUAUUUGCGAAGCUUGGAGCAUGAUAAUAUUUGUAGAUUUAUUGGAUUAUCGAUUGAUGGACCGAUUUAUAUGUCAUUGUGGAGGUAUUGUAGUAGAGGAAGUGUGAAAAGUGUGAUUUCGAAGAGUUCGAUGAGUAUGGAUGGGUUUUUUAUUUAUUGCUUGAUGAAGGAUAUUGCGUUGGUUAGUCUUGAAGCCUUUUUGAAGCCUCUUUGAUUCUAUAAAAAUUGCAGGGUCUUCAAUUCAUCCAUAAUUCCUCUAUUAGAUUCCAUGGCUCUUUAACUUCGGACAACUGUUUUAUAAAUGAUAGAUGGCAGGUAAAAAUCGCUGGAUUUGGCCUGAAUUUCAUCAGCAGGGCCGAGCAAAAACAAUGCGAUGAUUAUUUGUUGCACAGAGCUCCGGAACUUCUGCGAGAUCCUAUGAAAUCUGGAACUCAACCUGGAGAUGUUUAUAGUUUUGCGAUUGUUUGUUCGGAACUCAUUUCUCGAACUUCGCCAUGGGAUAUUGAAAAUCGGAAAGAAGAGGUAGCUGAUAUUGUUUUUAUGGUGAAACGAGGUGGAAGAAAUGCAUUUCGACCGAGUUUGGAGACCCCUGAAGAAGAGGAAGAUGUAAACCCCGCUUUGGUAAGUGAUGGGGAACUUUCUUAUCUUGAAAAAAUUCGGCAAGCUUUUUCGCCUGCUUCCGUGGCGCAAUAGGCAGCGCGUUCGGCUGUUAACCGAAAGGUAGGUGGUUCGAGCCCACCCGGGAGCGAAAUUUUGUUGAAAUUUUUCUCAAAAUUUUAGUGCCACCUGAUCCGCGAUUGCUGGGAAGAGGAUCCAAAACAUCGACCGAAUAUCGAGACAGUUAACAAACUUAUGAAAUCGAUCAAUUCUGGAAGGUCAGGGUAACAUUUUUUUCUUGACAAUGAAACUUUGAAAAUAAAUUCAUCAUAAUUUGAAUUUUAGAACCGCAAAUCUGAUGGAUCACGUAUUUUCGGUUUUGGAAAAACAUGCGUCGAGUUUGGAAGAUGAGGUGCAGGAAAGAAUGAAGGAAUUGGUGGAGGAGAAGAAGAAAUCGGAUUUGUUGCUGUAUCGAAUGUUGCCGCAGUGAGUUUGAGUGAAAAAACAUCAUUUUCAGAUAGAAAAUAACAAAAAACAUCCCCAAAAAAACCCCGAAAACCCUAAAAAACAAAAAAAAAAAACGGUUUUCAAAAAAAAAAAACGGUUUUCAAAAAAAAAACUAAGUUAAUAAUGACACGCCGCCCUAUUGAUAAUUUCUCACGUUGUCUCUCUACUCUCUCACUAUUUCUUUUUUUUUGCAAGAAAAAACAUGUUACAAACAAAUUUUCAGACAAGUCGCAGAUCGUCUGAAAAUGGGUCAAUCCGUCGAGCCAGAAACCUUCGAAAGUGUCACAAUAUUCUUCUCCGAUGUUGUUGGUUUCACAACUUUAGCCGGAAAAUGCACGCCCCUUCAAGUUGUCAAUCUUCUCAAUGAUCUGUACACCACUUUUGAUGCGAUUAUCGAUCGAAAUGACACGUAUAAAGUUGAGACAAUUGGCGAUGGUUAUUUGUGUGUUUCUGGAUUGCCGAAACGAAAUGGUUAUGAGCAUGUUAAUAAUAUUUCUAAUAUGUCGUUGGAGUUACUGGAGGUAUUUUGAAUUAGAGAAGGUUUUAGGUGGGAAAAACUUCAAAAUAUUUUUUUAGAAUCUGAAAUCUUACAAAAUCGCCCAUUUGCCAAACGAAAUAGUCAAUAUUCGAAUAGGCAUGCAUUCUGGAUCUUGUGUAGCUGGUGUAGUUGGCCUAACUAUGCCCAGAUAUUGCUUAUUUGGGGACACUGUGAACACCGCCAGCCGUAUGGAAAGUAAUGGAAAACGUGAGUUUUCUGCUAGAUUUUUUUGAACUUUUUGAAUAUUAUUUUGCAGCUGGUCACAUUCAUCUUUCUGAAGAUGCCCAUCAACUUUUAAUCUCUCUAUUUCCCGAAUAUUCUACAGAAUCUCGAGGAGAGGUUAUUAUCAAGGGAAAAGGAGUUAUGCAAACUUACUGGCUACUUGGACGACGAUAA